GUUCAGUCCUGAUCAUAGUCGUCAGUGGAUGAAUCCCUCACAGCCUGAGGACCUGAGUAAAGACUCCCAGUAUUCAGGUCGUGUUCAGGUCCUUGAACCAGAGACAGGAAGAUCUACUCUGAGAAUCACUAACCUGAGAGAGAGUGAUUCAUCUGAGUAUCACUUCAAAUUCAAGACACGACGGUUUGAAUGGAGAAGUGUUUUACCUGGAACAACUCUGACUGUCACAGCUCUGCAGGUGCAGGUGACCAGAAUAAUAUCAGUCCAUCAGUCUCAAACUGAGGCAGAGCUCAAGUGUCUCAGCAGCUGCAGUCCAGCUGGUCGUCUUUACGUCUGGUUCAAGAACCAACAGAGAAUCAGGACACAGCAAACUUCUACUUUGACAGACAACUUUUCUCCUGGAGACACCGUCUCCUGUGCUUUCAGUGGACAUGAGGAUUACCGCUCUCCUUCAGUCUAUCCUCCAAAGCUUCCCUCUGUGUCAGUGAGUCCAUCUGGUGAGAUAGUGGAGGGUAGUUCAGGGACUCUGACCUGUAGCAGUGAUGCUAACCCAGCAGCUAACUACACCUGGUACAAGGAGAACCAAACACUGAGUCAAGGAUCAGAUGGUGUGCUUGCUUUCAUUUCUAUCAGCUUUAACAACAGCGGAAACUACUACUGCAAGUCUGAGAAUUAAUACGGAUAUUCAAAG